AUGGGACAAGAGGACAUGUUUUGUGACGAUCCCACACCUGGAGACCUGAUUGAGAUUUUUCACAUUGGCUACAAAGAUUGGGCCAUCUAUGUGGGAGACGGUGAGUUUCCCAGCUUUGGUUCUUCCAAAAUGUUCACAUUUCUGAGUCGCAACGUUGUGGUGGCAAAGGAUCCCUUGGAAGAGGUGACAUGGGGCUGCCUUUACCGGGUCAACAACUUCUUGGACCAUCAGUACCGACCACAGCCUGUUGAUAAGAUCCUCAGUUCUGCAAAGAAGAUGAUUGGUGACCAAAAGACACACCAAGUUCUAAGUAAGAACAGUGAGAACUUUGUCACUGAUCUGAGAUACGGCUUACCUAGAUGCAAAUUGUCAUGCCAAGAUCCACAGCCUGGAGACCUGAUCGCAAUUUCUCGGGUUGCCUACAAGCACUGGGCAAUCUAUAUGGGAAAUGGCAAUGUAGUCCAUCUGAACAAAUCAGAAUUUGAGGCUGGCAGCAUCACUUCUGUCUUUAGCAACCGGGCCAUUGUAAAAUACAGUCAUCUGGAAGAUGUGUUGCAUGGCUGCUCCUGGAAGGUCAACAACAAGCUAGAUGAGACAUACCUGCCCCUGCCUGUGGACAAGAUUAUCCAGCGCGCAAAGACGAUGAUUAACAAGAUCGUGCAGUACAGCCUAAUUGAAGGGAACUGUGAACACUUUGUCAAUGACCUCAGAUAUGGCGUGUCCAGGAGUCAGCAGGUAGAGCAUGCCUUGAUGGAAGGAGCCAAGGCUGCAGGAGCAGUCCUCUCUGCGGUGGUGGACAGCAUCAGGCCCAAACCAGUGACUGCCUGA